GGCUCGGCUUGUCAGUCACACUUUGAACAGCUCUGUGGCGCUCAUCGUCAUCAUCGACAACACUAGUGAGUCUCCCUCCUCCCGCUGACCACCGAAUGAGCCACACGGACAGAUAAGAGCUGAGGAUGAACGCUUGCUGAGGAGGACCCUAACAAAGCCGAGGGCGACAUUGUGGUGGUGGGGGGGGAGAGCCGACCGUUUUGCUUCGCUGUUCGAGCGCUCGCCUCAAGUGGCGAGCUGGGGGGACUUUGCCAUGGUCCGGUCCGGGGACAUCUUUGUAACCUUGCUUCUUGUGGGCUGUGCGGUUUCCUUGGAUGUGCAGAUCACACCCAGUCAUGGUGAAAUUAGCCUUGGGGAGUCCAAAUUCUUCAUGUGUGAAGUUAUCGGUGCAGCCAAGUACAUAGACUGGUUCGGACCAAGCGGGGACAGGAUAGAAGCCAACAGACCUGACAUCACAGUAACCCGAAAUGACGAGUCAUCUUCCACGCUCACGCUGUACAGAGCCGGCACGGACAACGCGGGGACGUACAAGUGCGUUGCCACCAAUGGCGAUCAGCAAGGGGAGUCAACAGUUAACGUCAAAAUAUUCCAGAGAAUUACCUUCACAAAUGCGCCGUCGCCUCAAGAGUUCACUGAAGGAGACACGGCCAUAAUCGUAUGUGAUGUCAUCAGCUCACCUCCGCCCACCGUCAUCUGGAAGUACAAAGGAACCAAAAUACAGUUUGAAAAAGAUGUUCGCUUUAGGGUGCUGAGCAACAACCACCUUCAAAUCCGGGGCAUAAAAAAGACCGAUGAAGGCUCGUACACCUGCGAGGGACGCUUGAUGGCCCGCGGCGAAAUUGAUUUGCGGGUUAUCAAAGUCGUUGUGAAUGUGCUCCCGACCAUCAGAGUAUGGCAGUCAGAGGUGAAUGCCACUGCAGAUGUGAGCCAAUCUGCCAUGUUGACUUGCGCAGUUGAUGGCUAUCCUGAACCCAUGGUGACUUGGACAAGGAACCAAAUGGUUCUCGAGGCAGGAGAGAAGUACAGCUUCAACGAGGAUGGCUCGGAGAUGUCCAUCAUGGAAGUCACCAAGCUCGAUGAGGGCGAGUACACCUGCAUCGCCAAAAACAAGGCCGGUGAAACUGAACAGGAACUCAGUCUGAGAGUAUUUGCGAAACCUAAGAUCACCUACAUAGUGAACCAAAGCACCUCCGAGAUGGAGGAGCAGGUAACGCUAACUUGCGAGGCUUCAGGCGAUCCGACGCCCACCAUCAGCUGGAGUUAUGGUGACCGUGUCUUCACAGACGGCGAGCAGGCACACCUAAACAGGAUCUAUCAGGCAUCAUGGACUCGUCCCGAGCAACACAAGAGUCUGGAUGGGGCCGUGGUGGUGAGGAGCGAUGCUCGCGUCUCCUCGCUCACGCUAAAGUACGUCAAGUAUACAGACGCCGGCCAGUACCUCUGCUCAGCACGCAGUGCCAUUGGGGAGGACGAUCAGAUUGCAUAUCUGGAGGUCCGCUAUACUCCAAAGAUCAACGGCGAAGUAGCACUGUACACCUGGGAGGGAAACGCUGUCAACAUCAGCUGCGAAGUGCAGGCUCACCCCAGCGAAGUCACCAUCACCUGGCUGAGAGACGGACUGACGCUGCCAAAUGAAAACACCAGCAAUAUUAAAAUCUUCCGCUCUGCAUCAGCGAGCUACCUUCAGGUUACACCGUUGUCGGAGAAUGACUUUGGGAGUUACAAUUGCACCGCUUCUAAUGAGAUGGGCACAGAGUCCAAAGAGUUCCUCCUCAUUCAGGCUGAGGUGCCAUCAUCUCCAUUCAUCAACGAGGUGACACCUUUCUCCACCACUGCACUCAUUCAGUUUGAGGGGCCCGAGUCUACUGGAGGUGUGCCUGUCUUAAUGUACAAAGCCGCGUGGAGGAUGCAAGGCAGGGGCAGCUGGUCACAGAGGAUAUAUGAGCUUAAAGACGGCUCUAUUGGCGAGGUGACCAUUACAGACCUGAAGCCGGAGACCAACUAUGAAGUGAAGAUGUUUGCCAUCAACGGCAAGGGUGAAGGUGAAAGCUGCCCGCCUGAGUUCUUCCGGACGCAGCCAGUUCACGACGUUUUGGGUUUGUUCUCAGGAGACGCAGGGAAUCCCAAUCCUCCCAAGCUGGAAGGGGCUCUUCAGCCAAUUGGCAACUCCUUGAAAGUCAGCUGGAUCAAGCAGGAUGACGGUGGAUCACCCAUCUUCCAUUACCUCGUCCGCUACAAACCAAUUAAGGCGACGCAGUGGAAACCAGAAAUCCGGAUGCCCAGUGACAGCGACUAUGUGGUUCUAAGCGGGCUGGAGUGGGACACCGAGUACAACGUCGACGUUGUGGCAGAGAACCAGAAGGGCAAGUCCCAGCCGGCGACCAUGUCCAUCAAGACAUCCACGCAGCCAGCCGUCAUCCCAGACGUGGAUGAGGAUGCAGGCUUCCCCAUGGGCAUCAUGCUCUGGGUGGGGAUCCUGGUAGUGGCGUUUGUGCUCCUGCUUCUGGCCGUGGACGUCACCUGCUAUUUUGUCAACAAAUGUGGCCUCAUCAUGUGCCUCUGCGGCAAGUCAGGCUCCGGCACCAAAGGCAAAGACUUGGAGGAGGGCAAGGCCGCCUUCAUGAAAGACGAAUCCAAAGAGCCCAUCGUGGAAGUCAGAACAGAGGACGAGUGCACAGCCAAUCACAACGCAGCGGGACCGACAGAACCAAACGAAACCACACCCCUCACAGAGCCAGAGCUGGCGGCUUUCACUGCUGCUCUGGCACUGGACACGCUCUCCUCCAUAGCCACCAACUCUGACACGGCCACUGCCACCAUUGACCCUGCUCAGGACAGCCCCUCUAGCGAGACCACUACCCUCACAUGUAGCCUGUCCACCCCGGCCAACGACCCCUCGCCCACACCCAUCCCAGCACCGGCGCCGAGCCCAGAGAUGAGCGCGGCCCCGCCCACUCCCCCCAUCUCCAGGUCCGCCGUCGAGGCUAAGAUUGCGCCGUUAGUCGAGCAAAGAAGAAGCGAGUGGUCGGGGGAGGAGGCGAAGACCGAAGCUCCGCCUAGCACCCCAGAAUGGAUUCAAGCUCAAAAAUCCAGCACACCCAUUCCACCGAAACGAAGACACUCUCCUAAACUUGCCGCUCUGAAGGCUAAAGGUAGUCCUCCUGUAUCUCCACUCGCUUGUACUCCAGACACCAAGAAACCUGCUCCCAGCCCGCCGGUCUCAGCAGCACAAAGCGAUCCCCCCCUUCCAAAAGCAGACCCUGAUUCAAACACAAGUGGGUUUGACAAGCCGACCGCCGUUCCUAACGCUACCCCAACCCCACCUUCAGCCAUCCAUAGUGUUCCUGAAGCACUAGAUGCUGAAAAUUCCUCUCCUCUAGUUGAAGACGUCCCUUCUCCCCUGCCUGCCACCCCCAUUUCCCCCCUGCCUGCUAGUGACCUCCUCGCAUCCCCACCAGACAUGUACGACUUACUGGCCCACGACAUGGGUCUCAAAAACGCAGGUUUCGACUUAGAGCUGAGUAAUGGGACAGAAAGACCCUCGGAGAUCCCCGCCGACCUUAUUAGCUUAGAGAGCCCGCCCGCUGCCCCCUCUCUGCCCAAUGGCGACGGAGCAGACCUCCCCCCCUCAGGCCCAGUUCUGGAUGCAUCAGAGAUUCUGGCCAAGACUGGUCCUCCUGUCAACGAUGAGUACGACUCCCUUUAGAGGAAGAUUUUUCCAGACGGGAAAGGCAAACUGGAGGAAGACUUCUCAAACGCCCUAACGGAGAUGGCAGCAGAACAACACAACAGUGUCGUACAGACAAAAGGCACGCAGAGCAAAGCAUGAUGACCUCGGCCAAAACUUCCAACAUCCAAAACAUUUUGCAGCGACGGGAGUUUUCAUUUCCAGUGCCCUUAAGUACAGACAUUCAACAACACACACACACAAACACACAUUUGUCUAGCAUGCACUUUGACUCCGCACCCGAGGACUCAGAUUUAUUUUAUUUUUGUAAUUAUUUUAUUUAACCAGUCAAGAUCUUAAAAAAAAAGUGUAAAAUUUAUACUGUAAGUAUAUCCCUUUUACCAUACUGGCAGUCUCACACACAAGCAUUAGAUUAUCAUGAGAAAUGGGAACAGUUCAAUACCGUAAAUGAUCUAAUUAUCGCCCUGUAUUUACCUGCACUGCAAACACUUCAUGGGGGGGGGGGGGG